ACACACUCCUUAUAGAGCCACAAUAGAGAUACCCAUACACACCAUGUCGUUUAAUAAUCCAUUUGAUACUGAUUUAGAAAGCACACGCACAAACCAAUCCUACAAAUACCAGGAUUUUCCUGAGUUUGAUAGUUUGACUACCACCAUUGAGAAUCAACUUCAUCAUAUAAACCACAGUUUGAUUUCCAAGAUCAAAGAAGAUUUGGUUUCGUAUGAACAUGGUCAGAUUGAGCUUGGAGAUGCAUUGAGUAAACAGUUCAAGAAGACUACUGAGAGUUUCAAAAAGGUUAAUGAGGUAGUUAAGCUGAUCAACCUGGUGAUCUCGGAUAAGGAGCGGAAUAAGGAAGAUGUUGAAGUUAUUGGAUAUUUACGUCAGCGAGAACUGAUUCAGAUCAAGUUAAUUAAAGACGCAUUGAUCAACUUCAAGAAUUUGCAAAAGAGAUAUGAAAGUUUAACUGGUGAGCACCAAGAAGAAUCUCGAUCACAAGAAGAACAAAUUUCUGCACAACAACAGCAACAACAGCAACAGCAGCAGCAGCAGACACAAGUGCAGAUCACAUACGAGCCCAUAAAUGCAGAAGAGCUAGAACAACAAUCACUUUUAAUUCAACAGCGAGAACGUGAACUUCAACAAAUCCACACCGAUACCCUUGAAAUCAAUGAAAUAUUCACCAACUUAUCCUCGAUUAUCCAAGAACAACAAUUUCAAGUUGACUCCAUUGAAAAUAAUAUCUUCAGUUAUAACACAAAUGCACAUCAGGCUUCUAAUGAGUUACAUCGAGCUGAACGUUACCAACGUAGGCUGAAUGGGCGAAUGUUGUGUUGUUUGGUGAUUUUAAUUGGUGUUACUGCAUUUAUUAUAUUACUUGGAAUAAUUAUAUAGUCUCUAUACUUGCCAAUAAUUUACGCAUCCGUCAUCUCCACCGGUGAUUAAUAUCUCCUUAUCAUCUAACUUUCCCCAUAAUAUACAAUUGACUUCGCUCACACCAUGACUUGCUUCAUGGGUAGCUUCAACUUCCCAGGUGCCGUCAACUUCCUUAUAUACUACAAUCUUACCAUCAGACCCACAUGAAGCUAUUUUACCUGUAGUGGCAGACCACGAGAGGGAAUAGAUAGGGAAGGCAUGUGCUUGUGGAAGUAUACACUCUUGUUCCCAGACCAUCUCUUUAUUAUGUCUAAUUGAACUUGGUAAUUGUUUGUCGCUAUGUUCAGGAACGGUGCCAACCCAGACUCUCACAGUUAAAUCAUCACUUACUGAAGCUAAUCUUAUUUUAUCUGUAGGAGUAGCUGGAUUCUCAAAAGCACAACUCCAGACAGUACCUUCGUGGCCAUUCAACACACCCACGCAUGCAAACUCAUCGUCGUCAUCUUCGGCAUAUAUUCUUAUAGUAUCAUCAUAUGAACAACUAGCCAAGAUAUUUCUUGUAGAAUGCCAGCAUACGUAUUUAACAUCAUGUUCAUGAUCAUUCAACACGGCAAUACAUUCAAACUCUUCAAGAGUCUCUUGAUCAGUUUCCCAUAUCCACACCGUCUUAUCUCUUGAACACGAGGCAAGAAGGUUACCCUGAUGAUUCCAAGCUACGCUCUUGACUUCAUUUUCAUGACCUUCAAUCAACGCCAUUAAGUUCCAUUCAUUGUUAGGAUCACAUAUUAUCCUUUCAUGAUCGGACUCUGACUCGACGUCAGCAUAAAAUUCCGGCUCAUCGAUCCCCCAAAUUGAUAUGGUGGAAUCAAAUGACCCAGCUGCCAAUACAGGCAAGUCGAAGUUGUCCAAUGGUGGUUUGAACGCUAUCGAUCUGACAGAUCUCGUAUGAGUCUUUUCAAGAAUUGUAAGCAAGUUAUGGUGCGAUGUUAACGAGUAAAUCUUGGAUGUUUUAUCCUGGGAGGCAGUGGCUAUGAGUGGGAGGGUAGCAUGUGUGGUGAUUGACCAUAUUGGGCCAGUGUGGGCUUGUGUAGAGUGGAGAAGUUGCAUGGGUAUGGUAAUUGGUGAUAGUAAUUGUGUUGCCAGAAAUAUUUAAGCU